AAUAAACAAUCACAGUCACAAAUUCACAUUCCUCUUCUCUCUUCAAUGACGGAUCAGAACCAGAAAGCAGAGCUCUUUGAGCUCAACAAUGGCGCCAUGCAGGUCCUCAUCACCAAUCUCGGUUGCACAAUCACCUCAUUGUCCGUACCCGCCAAAGAUGGGGUGUUGUCCGACGUUGUUCUCGGUCUCGACUCUGUUGAAUCAUACCAGAAAGGUCUUUCUCCUUAUUUCGGCUGCAUUGUGGGUCGGGUUGCGAACAGAAUUAAGGAUGGCAAGUUUACACUUGAUGGGGUUGAGUAUUCUCUGCCUAUCAACAACCCACCAAACAGUCUCCAUGGUGGAAACGUUGGGUUUGAUAAGAAGAUAUGGGAGGUGAUUGAAUAUAGAAAAGGUGAAACCCCAUCAAUCACUUUCAAGUAUCAAAGUCACGAUGGAGAGGAAGGUUAUCCUGGGGAAAUCACUGUAACCGCAACAUACACGCUCACCUCAAACACAACUCUGAGGCUUGACAUGGAAGGAGUGCCAAAGGACAAGCCCACCAUAAUUAACUUAGCUCAGCACACCUACUGGAACUUAGCCGGCCACAGCUCAGGGAAUAUACUUGACCAUUCGAUCCAAAUUUGGGCCAAUCACAUCACUCCGGUGGAUCAGAAUACCGUGCCGACCGGUGAAAUCAUGCCGGUGAAGGGUACCCCUUUUGAUUUCACAUCUCAGAAGAGAAUCGGUGACACAAUUAGUCAGGUCGGAAUGGGAUAUGACCACAACUAUGUGCUUGAUUCUGGGGAAGAGAAAGAAGGUUUGAGGCAUGCUGCAAAAGUGAAGGAGCCAUCGAGCUCGAGGGUGCUGAACUUGUGGACAAAUGUCCCUGGUAUGCAAUUUUACACCGCAAACUAUGUUGAUGGUGUUGCUGGAAAAGCAGGUGCUGUGUAUGGAAAGCAUGCAGGGUUAUGUCUUGAGACACAGGGAUUCCCCAAUGCCAUAAACCAGCCAGAUUUCCCAUCUAUUGUGGUUCGACCUGGUGAGAAGUAUCAGCAUUCCAUGUUGUAUGAGUUUUCAGUUGAGUGAAGCAAUGCUGUUAAAGCAGCAUUGGAGUAAGGUAGACUUGCAUGUGAAUAUGUUAUGAUUUAGAACCUGGACUUUGGCGUCUCCUAGAAUAAAUUUUGUUCGAAUAAAUGCCAGAGCUAUUCCCUGUUUCAGUUUAAAGAGCACAUUAUUAGCUGUUU